AUGUACUCAUGGGAUUAUUCACAACUGGCUUCUCCAAACGAAUUUGGUUGGUCUCUCGGAGUUACGCCGUUGUCCAAUCUAUCGGUAAUCGUUAGCGCAUGGGUAGCGUACUUCGUUGUUGUGAUGGGAUGUAGGAACUUCAUGAAAAGCAGACCGCCAAUGUCCCUUCGUAUGAUUACUGCUGCGCACAAUCUUAUCCUUUGUGUGUGGUCUGCUCUCAUGUGCGCAUAUGCCAUUAUAGACUUCUACUCUAGAUGGAAGUCACGUGGAUUUGGAGAAUGCUUCUGCACAUCUGACGAAAGUUCUCUUAAGGGAAGACUUAUCUACGUCACAUACAUAUACUAUCUGUCAAAGUAUUACGAAUUAUUUGAUACAGUCAUCUUGGCAUUGAAGAAGAAACCAAUCAUUUUUCUCCACUGGUACCAUCAUGCAAUUGUCAUUCUCAUGGUAUGGUCAUGGCUGGAAGAUGCAAAUAUGUAUGCGAGGUAA